UCUCUCUCUCUCUCUCUCUCUCUCUCUCACUCUCUCUAAUACUUGCAAGUAGUCACUUCCUCUUAUGCUGCUUUAAUAAGUUUAGCAAGUGGAAGACUGAGCUUCAGUUCCACUUAAACGAUGCUGUUAGAUAGUGAAAGGUGCUAAAACAGUUGGCGAUCAAAUUAAAUUAGGAUACUUUUGUGAAUGAUUGAGCUGUGACACUGAAAAGGAACGACAAGGAACAAGUUGAAAAGUAUGGAAUUUUCUUUGGAGAUAGAUGACAGGACAGAUAAGGAGAGGGAGGAGGAAGCAAAGAGAAGAAGUCGUCAAGCAACUGGAAAGGCUAAAACACCAAUGGACACUGAGCUCCAAGAGGACCUUGGUUAUGCCUGUCCCCAAAUCCGAAUCGACCCGAACUUUGCUAGGAAAAUACAAGAGGCAGAAGGCAUACCAGAGCAGCAGGCGACGUCUGACUCUCAGAGCAAAAUACAGGGGAUAAAACCCGAACCAGAUCAGCACAAGAAGUUUGACUUUGAGAGGCUUUUUGAUGCCGUGUCCAGCGGUGAUAUCACUAGGCUGGAGGGCCUGGAGGAGUAUCUGAAUGACAAAAAAAAGAAGCUGACAAGCGCUGAUUAUGUGCGCAAUGGGAAGACAGUCCUGAUGAAGGCUCUGCUAAACCUGAAAAAUGGAGAUAACGAAACAGUGGAGUACUUGCUGGGUAUCGCAGAGAGAAUGGGACAUCUGGAUAAGUUAGUGAACGCAGCAUAUACAGAUGCCUACUAUGAAGGACAGACAGCUCUUCAUAUAGCCAUUGAGAGGAGAAACAAGCGCUUUGCUGAGCUGCUCAUUCAGAAAGGGGCUAAUGUCCAUGCAAAGGCUAAUGGGAAAUUCUUCCAGCCACUUAAUGAAACAUGUUUCUACUUUGGGGAGCUUCCACUUUCUCUGGCAGCAUGUACUAAUCAGAAAGAUAUAGUGGACCUGCUGAUGGUUAAAGCAGACGUGAGGUGUAAGGACACUCUGGGCAACACGGUUCUCCAUGCUCUUGUGAUGGUGGCUGAUAACAGCCCUGAAAAUACAGACUUUGUUGUUUCCAUGUAUGACUACAUUCUUACUAAAGACGCUGCUAAGAAUCAAAAACAGGAGAAGCUGGAAGACAUUAAGAACAAUCAGGGACUUACUUCCAUCAAGCUGGCUGCGAAGCUAGGAAAGAUUGGGCUGCUUGAACACAUUCUGCAUCGCGAGUUCCAGCAGGAAGAGUGUAGGCAUCUGUCCCGAAUGUUCAGAGAGUGGGCAUAUGGCCCGGUGCGCGGUUCACUGUACGACCUGGACUCUAUCGACACCUACGAGCCAAACUCUGUCCUAGAGAUAGUUGUUUAUGGCCCAGAGAUACCUAAUCGUCUCGAGAUGCUCCAGAUUGAGCCACUUAAUAAACUGCUGGAAGACAAAUGGAACAGAUUUGCCAAAUGGAUAUUCCUCUUCAAGUUUAUCAUUUAUUUCAUAUAUCUCAUCAUCUUCACAGCUGUUUCUUAUCACCGUGAAGAAGGAACACCCCCAUUUCCAAUGAGGAAAAAUACUGCCGGCUACCUGCUGCUUGCUGGUCAUGUCAUCAUGGCUGUUGGAUCACUCUACUUCUUAGUUAUUGUGCUGAUGGAUAUAUGUAAAAAGCGGCCAAGUCUGCAAACACUGCUGGUAGAUGGCUAUUCUGACCUGCUUUUUUUAUUACAGGCUGGGUUGUUUAUAAUCUGUGCUUGGCUGUAUUUCAUCGGGAUGCAGGAGUAUCUUGCCUUUCUGGUGGUCAGUGUGGCUCUGUGCUGGGUUAAUCUCCUCUACUUCUCCAGAGGAACUCAACACAUGGGCAUCUACAACAUCAUGAUUCAGAGGAUAUUCCUUGGUGACAUCUUGCGCUUCCUUUUUGUCUACAUUGUCUUCCUCAUUGGAUUUUCAGCAGCUAUGGUGACUCUACUCCAUGAACCCAAGAAAGGAAGCUCUUUGUACACAGACAAUGAAAAUGUGACAGAAGGCUGCACAAAACCCACCUUUAAAACCAUCUCAUUCACCACUCUGGAGCUAUUUAAGUUCACUAUAGGCAUGGGCGACCUGGAGUUCACAGAGGAGUAUGAGUAUAAAAAUGUAUUUUAUGUGCUCCUCAUAUCCUACAUUGUGCUCACCUGCAUUCUCCUGCUGAACAUGUUGAUUGCUCUGAUGAGCAAAACUGUAGACAGCAUGUCUGAGGAGAGCACCAGCAUCUGGAAACUACAGCGUGCCAUCAUCAUCUUGGAUCUGGAGAGAUAUGCAUGCUGUCUGAAGAUGAAGUUGCGUUCAGGAGUGAGGAGGAACCUGGGCAAAAAAGAGGAGGACUGGCGCUGGUGUUUCAGAGUGGAAGAAGUCAACUGGAAAAAUUGGAACCACAACCUGGGCAUCAUCAGUGAGGAUCCUGGAGAAUGCAACACAGUAAUGCGAACUGAACGUUUUCAAGAGCUCAGCCAGUGUGAUGUCAGUCGACAGAGAUGUAAACGGCAAACAGUCCAGGCAGAAGACGAGACACAACCCCUGGCCUCCAGCCCAGUGUAAUGGAACUGAGAAAAAAUAAAUAUAUUUGACCACUGACUGUACCGAGUUGUAAUUUGUCUUAUGUAUAAUCCAGUUGGCUUUUAAUUUGUUUAAAAAAUAAAG